AUGUCCGGACGAGGUCAGCAAACCCUGGCGGUAGAAUUCCAGAAUGGCGGUAUCAGCGCCAAGGCCUACUUCUUCCCAGGCAUGAAGUCGCUGGCGACUGGAAUUUCGCCAGGAAAGCUCAUUCUCGCCUCCAUCGAGACGCUCGCCCUUUCGGGAUUGAAGGAGCCCGUGCAACACCUUUGCAACUCUCUCGGCCUACAAGACGACGGAAACCCAAGAGAUAGCGCCAUUGCCCCAUUCCUUCUCGGCGUCGACCUGUGCGCUCCCGAGCGAAGUCGCCUGAAAUUCUACGUCACCGACCAGGUAGUAUCAUGGGAUCGGGUAGAGAACAUGUGGACUCUUGGCGGGAAACGUCUGGAAGAUCCUCAAUGUGCUGAUGGUCUGACCCUCCUGAGGAAGCUGUGGGAUCUUCUCGAGAUACCUGAAGGGUAUCGGAGCAACGUCCGGCCCGACUUUACUUUUGGGACACCUCCUCCCGAGGACUACCGACCCGUCAUGAUGGCGAACUGGACCUUGUCUCCCACGAAAAGAUUCCCGGACCCCCAAAUAUACCUCCUUACCGUUGGAAUGAAUGACGAGGUGAUAAUGAACGCACUCGUGGCCUUCUACAAGGUUCUGGGCUGGACGGAUCUGGCCAACACGUACAAGGAUAAAGUGGCCUCAUACUAUCCCGGCCUCGAUUUAACGAAAACCAACUACAUACACUCAGGAGUUUCCUUCUCAUAUCGCCAUUCAAAGCCCUACCUAAGUCUUUAUUACUCGCCUUUCUGA